AUGGAUGAAAAGCGAGAGACGAUCUACUCUCUAGCACUCAAUUGCUUUAAACGGCGCUUACCUUCAAAUCAGUUUCUCAAUUUCUACAACGAAUUAGUUAACGAACAGUAUGGAUCGAUAGUUAAUAAUUCGGAGGAAACAGAUACCAAAAUUCAGGAUAUUGACGUCUAUGGCGAACUCUCCGCUAGUCUCUUACGAAUUCUAGACUCCGACUCCAACGUUUUGAUCGCGGAUUAUGUCACAGAGGUUUUGUUUAUCAAUUACAACACCGAACUAGCUCAAAGACUUAUUCCCCUACUUUAUACUUGUCACAAUUCGUCACAGUUGGCGCUCCUUUUCUCAAGAGCCAGCGCCUUUUUCCUAAAUCUAAACGACAAGCUGGUCAUUGAUCAAAUAUGCGAUGACCUAAGUGAACUUAUCAUUCCCUCCAUUUUCAACCAUGAUUUCAACACUCAAGAUGAUCGAAUAGUUCAUUCGGUUGCAAAAUUUAUGCAUAACAUAUUACAUCUUUCCAAUCAGCCUAUCACUAUCACAAGCAACCGUGUCAAAGAGAAUAUUGGUGUAUUGCUUUUCCGACUUUCGAAAACAAACAGACUUCUUCACCGCAAACUUGUAUUAGACUUCGAAACAAAGCUCAAAUUCAAGGGGCCUAUUCCGAACAUUCAACAAGAGAAUAGGUCGGACGAGGAUUCCCCAUCAAUUAUAUCACCAAAGUUGACCGAAAACCUUGCAGCCAGCUCAAAGAACUUGACCUCCGCUAAUGCGGGGUCAUCUCCUUCUCAAACCGUCAAGCUUGCUAGAUAUUGUAAAAAUCUAUGGCUGAACAAUAAGAUUUUGAAUUGGUCAACGAACGAAAAAGACUUUGUUUCUAACUAUGGAUCGAUUGAUGCUGCUGUUCAAAAGUUGACCAAGCCGCUGCACAGCAGCGUCGAAAAUGUAAUGCUGGAUCUUAUUGAGACCGCUUUCACAUCAUUUGCUCAAUUUGUUAGCAACAAACAUUAUCAUCAACCAAAUUCGGAUUUCAAUUUGUUGGAGCGCCAAUGGACAAUCUUCAUUACCAAGCAGCUACCGCUAUAUAUUAUGGAGCAUAUCCCGAAAAAACCAGAUACUGUUACCACUGCUUUGGAAAACAUAGAUCACAAAGUCAUCAAGGCGCUCAAAUCAUAUGCAUCGGAUAAAGAUGACUCAAAAAAUCGUGGCGAAGACCUAUUCGAGGACUUGCCCAAUAAAAACAUGGACAUCAGACAUGAUUUUCUUAAAAACCUAAUACUAAUGGGACUUCAACCGGCGGCGGUUUUGAAUGACUACCUACGGGAAGACCAAAUUGUGGAGAUAAAGUCGCUUCCAUCCACAGAUUCGGUAAUAAUCAAGAAUGCGCAAGGUGUGAAUGAAACAAUUGACAGCUUUUCACGUUUCAUUCAGGAGAAAAUAUGUGACCUGGACGUUGAAUCCAUGUUUGAUAUUAAUAGUGGUACCAUGGGGAGCGCUGACAAUGCUAUUAUUCAGAUUUUGCGUAAAUUUGACACACUAGCGGCCACGAAACAGCGAGACCUUUCUGAAGUAUUCUAUGAGCUUUUCUGUGAGUCUGCCAGAAAUUUUGAAUGCAAGACCCUAUCAAAGAUAUGCUGCCUCGUGUCUUUCAACAUCUCGCAUUCUUUAACAACGAUGCUUGCAUUCGUAUCUCCGUCGAAGUUUCUGGCAGUGGCCAUCGAAUUCAUUGAUGAUAUAUGGGAAUCCCACAUGAAGAAUAGUGCCAGUGACAUAAGCGACGACUUUGAACCUAACACAGAAUUUGUUUGUUUUACCUACGCCUUGAUAUUCGUUGUGAAUAUCGUAAAAACGUAUAACAUAUCUUUGGUAGAGGCAAACACUGCCAGUUUUCAUAUUUCGCCUCAAUCAUUCACCAUAAAAUUGAUGUCUGGUCUGGGCAACAUUUCACCGCAACUUAUCCUCAAAACUAAUACCGAGCCGACUGAAUUGCUAAAAAGUUGGGUCUGCGAUUUAUUUAUCAACGGCUCCAUUUCAGAUUCAUUGAUGAAAGAAGUUAAUGUUAAGGAUUUGGCGGUUAUGAUUCCCUUUAUUUUCAAGCAAAGCGUUUUCAGCGUUGAAGCAAGGGCGAUACGUGAGAUUUCUGCGUUAACUGGAGGGUUCGAAUACUUUCUACAACCAUUUUUGAUUGUGGGACUAAUCGGUAUCGUUUUCUGGGCUGAGCAAUUCCUUACCGCAUUAAGAAGCAAAGAAAUAUCAAGGGAAUUGCUGGAUUCAAUUUUUGAGAUGUUAAACUCUGUUCUAGACCCUCCGACAUUGAGUGAUGAGUCACGACCGUUGCACACUUUGAUUCUCAGAUUAAAUGCCAUUCAUCUUCUCAAAUCUGCCAGAGCUUUCCGAACGCAGUCUAGGUCAAAUUAUGGUAUAUAUUCCUCAGAAUCAGAAGGUGACCCGAAAUUGGAGUCCCUCAUAUCUCAUUUAGAGCAAGUGGCGCGUUCAGGCAAUCUUUACAACGUCGACCCCGGUUCUUUAAGCUCAGAUAGCGGCUACCCUAGAAAGGAAAUAGGGAAUUGUCCAUUCUCUAUAACCGCUGAGAACUCUGUUAACAGCAUACUAACCAAUCAAGUCAACUCUUUUUGGAACUUGCACAGCAGCACGUACUAUAAUCUUGAUUACUUGUUUUCUUUGAUUGAGAUUAUCACACCAAGUACUUUUCUGGAGGAUGUGCUGUCUGCUCUACAAACAAAGUCAUCUGAGGGGGCGAUCAUCAGCAGUCGCGUGAAGGAAUUGGAUAGAGAGACCAUUGUGAGCCUAGACUACCUCUUCUAUUUCUUAGUUACCCACGAUUUGAAAAAGACAGCCAACAAAGCGGACCUUUUGCAAUAUAUGGAAUCCUCAGCAGAAAGCGACCUUGAUAACAAAAAAGUAACUAACGAAUCUAACUUUACCGCAAAACAUGAGCAUGCUCCUGAGGAAGAUUUCGAUAUGCUGUUUGGCGAGGACACUAGUAUUCCAGGCAAUGAAACUGACAUUGUAUCAAACGACUGGAAAACAGACAGUAUUAUUACGCACACAACAUUCGACUUUCUCGAAAAUUCAUUCGCUGCUGUACUUCAUACCUUAUUGUUGGCCGAAAAGAAUUCCUACGAAGAGGGUUACUCGCGUCAAGAAGAUUAUCAACAAGCACAAUUUUAUCACGACAAAUACACCGAAGUUUUGAAGUCCGAGGCGGUUUGA